AUGGCCCUCGACGCAUCCUACUCGCGCGACUUUGUGAACAAAGUGUCUCAAGGGGUCCCUCUCCAGGACGCUCUCGACGCUGCUAUCGCUUCAGAAACGGAGCUACGAAAGAUUUUUGCCACAGACCGUGCAAAUAAGCUCGUCAAGGACCCGUAUAUCGGCCUCGUCGAUGUCUUUGACGCUCCCGACGCUAUCAAGCGCAUUCACGCUCGAGACGUACCAGAUGGGGACGAUAGUCCUCUCCGUUUUGCCAAGCAUGUCUUCCCGCUCAAGACCAAAGAUCGUGUCGCCUCGGGCGAGUAUGCAAUAGCGAGCACUCUUGACGAGUUCCGUACGUCGUGGAACGUCUUCACCGAGGGGGCACUCAGUCAGUUGACCGACUGGAGCAACGUGGUUGCCAGUGGAGGUUCAGUCCUGGCAAGUUUGCUCCCACUCCCUGCCUAUGCUCGGGGAUCCAAACGCGGGAUCCGAAAAUACUUCCAUGGGGAAGCGUACUCUUCCUCGGACAUAGAUUUAUUCUUGUACGGAUUGACGCCGGAACAAGCGGAGAAGAAGGCUAUCCAGAUCUACGAGGCUGUUCGGGACUCUGUCCCAUGGGAUACCGUGUGUGUUCGAACUAAACAUUCCAUCGCCAUUCAUUCUCAGUAUCCAUAUCGACCAGUCCAAAUCGUUUUGCGUCUCUAUGCAUCUCCCGCGGAAAUUCUGGCUGGGUUCGACAUCGAUUGCGCUUGCUUUCUCUAUGACGGUUCUCGUGUUUUUGGUAAUCCUCGUGGUCUCUCGGCCGUAAUGUGUCAAGCAAACCUAGUGGACAUGACCAGAAGAUCCCCAUCGUAUGAAGUCCGACUUGCCAAAUACGCACAGCGCGGAUUCGAGGUCCACGUCCCAACCCUCUGUCGUGAAGACAUUGAUCCCACCAUUUUUGAACGCUCAAUCAACCGCAUCGAGGGUCUCGCGCGACUGCUGGUUCUGGAACGACUUUCCAAUCCAGACGAUCGUACAAAGUAUCUCGAAAGCCGCCGGGAGCUACGCGGGCGCCCUGAAACAGUAGGAUAUUCUCGAAGAGCCAUGAGGCGUAGGAAGAGAGUCAAAGGCGACGUUCGCGCACAGGCUGCUCUCUUUGGCGGUCUUUCGUCGUCCGACUAUGGCACGCAAUCGUUUCAUAUUCCAUAUGGACCAGGAUUCGAUGCAAAAAAGUUGACAAAGUUUAUCUAUGGCACCGACCUAGGCAUGAACUCGACGUUUAAUCCCAAGAACAAGGACCGGCGCCUUCAUCGACAUCCCGCUUUCUUUGGAGAUAUGCAACAGGUGAUGGAAGACUGCUGCGAGUACUGCCCGGAACCGCUCACAGUGGAAGAAAGGGAUCUCCAAGUGGAAGAGGACAAGACGUACAUUCGCGGUCGAGUUGAAUUCAUGCAAGAGGAUCCAGGUCGGCAGAUGAUGACUGGCAGCUUCCAUCCUAUCGACGAAGGCGAAUGGAGUGCUCAAGCGUAUCUCGGUCCAGUCGAGAAGCUGUUCCAAGCUAUUGCUAUCCACGACAUUGAGACCGUUCGAGAUAUACUCGAGGGAGGAUUUGAUCUCCAGAAACGAGACCAUGUCGGGCGCACCUCGCUUCAUCUCGCCAUCCUCACGGGCUCGACAAAAAUUGCCGAGUAUCUUAUCGACGCUGGUGCCCGUAUAACCGCCCGGCUGGUCGAUGGACGUACUUCGCUGCAUCUAGCUGCCCAGUAUGGGCUGAAUGAUGUGGUUAUCAAGCUCAUCGAGAAGAGCAAACUCAACGAAAUUAAAGCUGAAGAAGAUAGAAGGGCGACAGAGGCCAGGAAGCGUGAAGAAGAGGCGGACCAAGAUACCGAUGUCUCUGAAGACGACGAUGAGGCGCGCGCAAGCUCUGAAGACGACUGGGACUCUGAAGAGGAUGAAAAACCAAGACGGAAGAACAAGCAGCCGAAACCGAACGAAGCGACUAUGCCUGUGAACGAACAGGCUGCGGAGGGUGGUGCCAUCCCUGAAGAUAACGAGGAGCAGCCCGACAUUCUAGAUAUCAACGUGCCAGACUGGGAUUACUUCUAUACUCCGGUUUGUCACGCUAUUGCGGCCGGCCACAUUCAAGUUGUGAGCACCCUUAUCCAUGCUGGCGCAGAUAUCAUCUCGCCUUUCAAGAGGGGCUCGCAGUAUGCGCAGUAUACAGUAUAUCCGCUCACUCUCACGCUAUUUAUCGACGAUGAACACCUCGCAUGUGCUAUUGCGGAGAAGUUGAUCGAAAAUGGCGCGACGUGCACGGCAGCGGACGAGAACUUGCGCACCGUCUUCUAUCAAGCGGUACUGGCGCAAUCCAUUUCGCUCGUACGCACAUUCCUCAGAGUCGAUCCUAAUUCCAAGUCGGCCAUCAAUUUUGUCACAUCUUUGGGAAAUUACCGUGGUGCUGCCACGCCACUUGUCCGUGCUAUUGCUCUCAACGACCGACCCAUGGUCGCAUUGCUCCUCGCGAGUGGUGCUGAGGCUCGGAUUACCGAGGAAAUGUUCGAUCGAUCAUGGGAGGCUCAGGGAAGCGUGGAGUCGACGAACCGAUAUGUAUAUCGGCCACAAAAGCAACCAUUCCAGUGGUUAGCCGACUCUUUUAUGCCCGUCGAGACGGCUAUUGCUGCAGGGAACGAUCUCGUUUUCCCGUUGAUCGAACUUGGUGCAGAUCUCAACCUUGGCCUCAAGUCGUUCCAAAAUGCCUAUAGCCGGAACUAUGCUAUUACGAUUCUUGACGGGUUGAGAGAGGCAAUCAAGGAUGCAGAGAACACACUCCAACAUUUGCAGACCUUGAAUACCGAGGACCGAAAAGCUACAUCUACGAUCACCUCUCCAUUUGGAUUCUCAAACCUGACAUCGACCUCUCCUGGUUUCACUCUCGUGCCAUCCCCGACGCAGACAUCAACCGACGAGAACCUUGCCAGCUGGUUGUACGGUCAUUUUGACUCGUAUCUCGACUUGAAAUUGGCACAAGCAGCUAAAAAUGCUCCAAAGGCUCUGCCCGAGGUUACUGAAGAGGACGCCAACAUCGUUCAGAAGGCUGCCGUGCAAACGGCCAAGGUCCGUCUGGAGUGGCUAAGGGACAUUGAGCAAGUCACUUUGGCAUAUGGAGGAAAGGGCGUCAAGGAACUCCACCCAACAAUCACUGAGGACAUGAUCCAGAGCGGUGGCCAGCGGCAUUUCGGUGGCUUUUCUACACCUAUCAUAUCUUCGAACGCCAAUUUUGCAAGUAGAGUGCCCAAGCCAGUAGAUCUGGAAUACAAGCUCUAUCGGGAUGCUUAUCAUCAGCACGAGAUCGUCCCUGCACACCUCAGAGGUCUUUACGGACGACUCUUCGAAGCAUGUUGGAAAGGGGAUGUUGCAACGAUCCAACGGUUGUGCUUGCCGCCAAAGGAUGGGAAACGGGAGAAAGACACCACAUACUUGCAAGUCGCGGCUUUUGUCACCUUGGCCAAUUGCGAUAGCCGUUUCAUUCCUGUGAAAGGAUCAUCAAUCGCUGUCAUCGCAAAGCAGUGGAAUGCAGCCAAAGCCAUUUUGGCGAUAGCAAGUGCGCAAUACGAGAAGAAACAAGGGAACCCCAAGAGCUUUAACUAUUCUGUCAGUGACAGCGACGACUCUGAUGUGGACGACGACGAAUCGGACAUGAACGAGCCGGAAGCAAUGACAAAGCCAGUGUUAAUCGACCUUGCGCAGAGACUUUCAGUGGUCAAGACUUCUGUCGCACCUGAGACAUUUUUUGGCACAGAGGCGUUUUACCCAUCGGUGUAUGGUGAAAUCCUACGUCACGGUGGUCCGCUUCAGCAUUCUAUCUACUCUGGUGAUGUGGAUACACUAGAUAAGGUCCUUGAACUGGGUCGGCUCUGUGACCCGGUGCAGACCAUCAGUGUGGGUCAUGUCCCGGCUGCCCUUGCUUUCGACAAUCCCAAGAUGUUGGAUGCUCUCAUCCGUCGAUUUGGAAUCGGCAUCGCCGUCGAGGACGACGAUAACGAUAACGACGACGGACAUGGGGACGAGGCAGAUAGCGGCAAGAAGGUCAAGGUUUCCAAGACAUACCUCGGUCUCAACGUCAAUGGCAAGAAACGCAAGGACCUUGCGCAACAGGCAGACCCAGAUGCGCCUGGCAUUGUGGAGCACAUGGGCUUGCCGAUAGUAUGGCAGGCCGCACAAGACAACUGCCUCGGGAUUCUCGAAUGGCUCAGUACCUCCGCGCCGCUCGACGCAUAUAAGCACUACAUGGCCACAUCCAAGGACGACCAUGCGCGUGCUAUGCGCAAAAUUCGCGAUUUUGACCACGUCUUUCCUUCGUUGAUUGGAGCGACAAUCACAGCAAAUGGUGAGAAUGUUGUGUUCGCUCAUUUGAUGGGAGGCGGCAAUCUCGAUACCUUGAAGAAGCUGUUCGCACUGUUUCCAACGCUCAAAGCAUCGUUUGUCGCUCGGCGUUUGAGGGGAAUCAAUUCGACUGUCCUCCAUCACGUCUGCGGGGCGAAUCUGAAGCCAGAGAUAUUCGACUUUUUUGUUGAGCGUGGAGCAGAGGUUCUUGCUGUGGACAUAAACAGGCAAGGUUCGAUUGCGAACAUCAUUCAUCAUCUCGUCGCUCGUGGUCACUUGGAGUUGCUCAAGCACGUCUUCUCGAAACUCAACAAGGACCAACUUGCCACGAUGCUCUCAACGCAAACAAAGACCUCUCAAAGCACCCCCCUUCUUAUCGCCGUAAAGAAGGCCGACUCUGACAUUGUCAAGUUACUCCUGUCAUUUGACCAUCCAGUCACAUCUCAGACUCUUUUGACAAGAGAUAAGCAAGGAAACUUGCCAAUACACGUCGCCGUGCGCAAGGGCUCUCCUCAGCUUGUCCAAGCAUUGUUCGAUGCCAACCCGAAGACCAUCUUUAUGGAGAAUGCAACAGGUUCAACAUCUCUGGAAUACGCCGAGUAUCUCUACGCACUUUGGCUCGCACAAUCCGGACCCAAGAAUCAGACCUAUGUCCCCCCCCUUACGUGGACCCCCACUUCUGGUCCUCCCCCUAUUCUCGCAGCCCCGGCAGGUACCAACUUUUCGCCUUGGUCCAAAGUACAUUAUUUUUUAUCAAGGCUCAAUUCCGAGCGAGUGGUGAAUCAGGUAACACCAGAGGAUGUCGAGGCGCUUUCUCAACUUAUCGCAUCGCUCGAAGCAGAGGGAAGGCUCGAGAGCAACCACCAAGUCAGGCAAUCACUUGAUCGGUACCUCUGGAGGACGCGUACAGCUGCCAAAGCAUGGGAGGAGCUAUCUGCGGUUCGUACUAAGGCUCAAUCUAUCCAGCGGACCAUACAGGAAGCGCAGCGACAGCAGUCUGUGGUUACUACAUAUACGGGCGAUAUUAUUGCUACGUUCUCUGGAUAUGCACAAGACCCACUCCAAUCGAAUGUCCGAACGCUAUACGUACCCGCGAAAGAAGUUCGCGACAUUCUUCUUCGAGCCGCCUCCACGUCGGGGAUGACACCGCGCCGUGAGCUGGUGCACCUCUUGGAUGCGCAGCGGGCAGUCGAGUCUGCAUUGGAGAAGGCGACUGGAAACAAUAGCCCCUACGCUGGUUAUCAGUUUGGUGCUGUGAGCCAGCACCCCUGGAGAUAUCGUGGAAGGUCCAAAAACAUCGAGGACCGUAUCGGAGACAUGGCUCUGGAAGAGAAGCAGUCGUUCCGCUUCACGCUCAAUCUACAGGUGACUCUUAUGCAUGAGUUUUAG